CCUUUUAGCAGCUGAAGCGAAAAAGGCACGCUGUCGGCUAUUUUUAUUGCUCUCAUUUGUCAUGUUGCAGACGCCCUUUAUGUUCCUGGAGAAAUUACUCCCAAUUACUUUUUACAUCCGGGUUGCACGGCUUUAGCAGUUCACUUAUCAAGCUAAUAUGAGCUAGCCUCCUUUUUGUUAGCGUCAUUAGUUUAUCCAGGACGAAACAGUGGCUCUUCCGCCGGGAAACUCAACAACAACUGAUUAGGUUGUUUUAACUCGAUGGCCACAAUACAUGGACAGUGAUGAUGACACCUCAAACAAGGGAUGUGGAUGGGAAGCUUCCUGCCAAAAGCUAACUGCAAUAAGAAGACAUCCAUUGGUGACCCUCUGCCGUGGCACAGCAGUUUCAUUUUCAUCACAUAAUCCAUCAUGUCAUUACCAAAGGAGUCAGGUGGUAACCGAGGGAAAGAUCGAGAGAGGGGGGCCCGUCCCAAGGUGAGACAGAGUCGGUCAGAGGAGAGACGAGAUGCAGGCAGUGGACGAAAAGGUGGAAAGGGGAAGAAAAAAGGCUUUGCUUCCCAUGAACCUGUGGCUGAGCGGCCCGUCAGCGAUGGCUUUGAGUAUGGUGAGCUGUUGAGUGACCUAGAAACCAGGGACCAAUCUUCCUCCUCUCCUCUGAAGGAGAGUUGGAGAUGGCAAGGUUUCGAAGCUGCUGCCUCGUUACUAGGACAAGAACGGGUAAUGGCCAGGCCUGGACUGGGAACUGUUAGCUCUGCUACAGAGAUACCUGCGCCUGGUGAAGGUGAGGGCAGAGGGUCGAGCAGUAGUCGCACUCUUCGGCAAAAAAUCCAAGAUGCAAUGGGGCAGUGUUUCCCCAUAAAGACACACACUGCAGCAGCAGCGGCACCAGCACCAGCACCGUCUCCACAGGCUCUGUCACCAUCAACUGCCUGUGCUUCCUCAAAGCGCAAGAUCCAUCUGAGUGAGUUGAUGCUGGACGACUGCCCUUUCCCUGUAGGAUCAGAGCUCGCUCAAAAGUGGUAUCUCAUUAAGCAACACACUGCGCCCAUUACACAGCCUCCCAUGCUGGAUUCUGCAGUAGUGUGCAGUGCCCCUACUUCAGCCAUGGCUACUGUGGUGGAGGACGUAGAUGACAGGUUGCGAGAGCGCAGGCGCAUCAGCAUCGAGCAAGGUGUUGAACCACCCCCCAAUGCAGAGAUCCACACGUUUGAGGUGACGGCCCAAAUUAACCCUCUCUACAAGCAUGGCCCUAAACUGGCCCACGGUAUGAAUGAGUUAUCUGGGCCUGACCGAGCCUCCGUUCAUCAGCAACAGCAGCUUCUUCUCCAAAGACAGCAGCAACACCAGCUGCUUCUACAGAGCUGUUUGGACACUCUGGAUGAGGUGGUGGCCUCAGCGUCAGCCGCGGCCUCCGCUUCAGCCUCCGCAUCAGCCUCCGCAUUAGCUUCUGCUUCAACCUCUGCUUCAGCCUCCACUUCAGCCUCAGCUUCAGCCCCUGUUCACACCUGUGAUCCUGUUCCAGACCCGCUGGUUGACCCAGAGGUUACAGCGACCAACGUGCCCUCUAGAGCCAUAGUUCCUCCAUCUGAGGAUCAGAAAUCUCAAGAUGGCUACCGCAUUCACACUCAGAUUGAUUACAUUCACUGUUUAGUUCCAGACCUGCUGCAGAUCACCAACCUCCCGUGUUACUGGGGGGUGAUGGACCGCUACGAGGCCGAGACGCUGCUGGAGGGAAAGCCUGAAGGCACCUUCCUCCUGCGUGACUCUGCCCAGGAAGACUACCUCUUCUCUGUUAGCUUCCGCCGCUACGGCCGCUCGCUACACGCACGCAUCGAACAGUGGAACCACAAUUUUAGCUUUGACGUGCACGACCCCAGUGUCUUCCAUGCUCCCACUGUUACGGGAUUAUUGGAGCACUAUAAGGACCCCAACUCCUGCAUGUUCUUUGAGCCUCUGCUGUCCAACCCCAUCCAUCGCACACAGCCCUUCACGCUGCAACACAUCUGCCGAGCGGUCAUAAGCAGCUGCACCACCUACGAUGGCAUUAACAUGCUUCCCAUUCCAAAUGCUUUGAAAAAGCACCUGAAAGAAUACCACUAUAAGCAGAGAGUGCGUGUACGGCGAAUGGACACCUGGUGGGAAUGACGAGAAACAAGAAAAAUGACUGACUAAAAGAAACUACUAAACACAUUAUAAACACUCCCCAAGUUAAGCUGAGCAACACGUCUAGUUCUUUACUCUAUCUGGUUGUGUUAACCUACACUUCAUUGUACUUAUUUAUUUUAUUCCUGCUGUACAUGUCUAACAAUUGUACUAAACUACACUGAGACAAUAUGUAAUCUCACUGAUCUUGCACACUCAAAGUUCUUUAUGCUCAAAUUAAACAAAGUUAUUUAGA